AUGCCGGUAUCUCAUCAGAUUGCCCAAUGGACUAAAGCUACUAAAGGUUUAUCGAAAUGCUUGAAUAAACUUAAUACUUCGACGUUGUUAAUGGCACGACGUUUUAUUUACGUUGGACCGAAUAAGGGUAAACGAGCAAAACUAGGGAGAGAACUGAAAUAUGCUAUUGUCGGUGGCACACUGUUGAUUUCUUAUUCUUACAUGCCCGGGCAUCUUUCUGCGGAUACUGUUAAGGGUAUUAGUCAAUUCAGCACGUCUCAUGUUUUGGCUAAUGCUAAGGCUAAGAAGGCCUCAGAGUCUCAAAGCAAUGUUAUUUCGUUGUUGACAGAGGCAGAAGUGAACCGGAGGUUGCACUCGAUGGAACAGUCGUACCUUGUGAACCGUGGCAGCGGAAUUGUUAGGUAUGAUGUGUCUCAAUUGCCGUCAAACGUACCAAUAGAGGAUACUCAUGUCGAGCAAAUUAUUACUGUCCCAUCGGAAGACGCACAGAGCACCGAUGACUUGUACUUCUUUGGAAUCUUUGACGGCCACGCAGGGCCUUACACUUCCGCUAAACUUGAAACAGAUCUUGUUCCAUAUGUUGCUCGCCAACUCGGACUUGUUUACUCGAAGCAGACCGAGUUGCUAACCUCAGAUGCUAUCGAUAACGCAAUUGUGGAAGGAUUUGUACAGCUAGACAACGAGCUGGUCUACAAUGCCUUGGGAACGUUCUUGUCUGCACCUUCGAGGGAGACCCUGUUAGAGGCACUACCAGCCGCCUCUGGUUCCUGCGCUCUAUUGGCAUUGUACGACUCUAAAAAUUCCGCCCUGAAAAUCGCUCUGGCAGGUGACUCCCGUGCGUUGGUGGGCAGACUAGAGGAUGGCAACAAAUGGACUGUAGAAUCGUUGUCUCUCGACCAAACAGGGGAGCGCGACUCCGAAGUGGAACGUAUCAAAGCUGAGCAUCCGAACGAACCGGACUGUAUCCGUAACGGUAGAUUGCUGGGCUCUCUACAACCAUCUCGCGCGUUCGGCGAUUGCCGCUUCAAAGUUGCAUCAAUCAACGGCAACAAGAUCGCUGAUCUCCCUGAACAUCUCCAAUUGCACUUCCGCAAAGAGCCUAAAAACCUGUUGACGCCACCCUACCUGACUGCAAGACCCGAAAUCACCACUGCCCACGUGGGUCCUACAACUAAAUUUAUGGUUAUGGCUUCAGACGGACUCUUUGAGCUCUUAAGCAACGAGGAAAUAGCUGGUCUUGUUGUCAAGUGGAUGGAAGCAUACCCAGUAAAAGACGGCAGAUCGACUCUCAAGCCUUCGACUAAAGGCAAAUUGCCUCCUGUAACUGAUAUUUCCCCCGACAAGGAGUCUUUAAGGCCACAAUACAAGUACGAAAGCCCAGACAAGACUGAAAGUGAAUAUUUACUUGAAGAUGCCAACGUCUCCACCCAUUUAAUCAGAAACGCUUUAAGUGCAGGUGGCGACAAGAGAUACGUGUCAUCAUUGAUUAGUAUCCCAUCACCAAAGUCUCGAAACUAUAGAGAUGACCUAACAGUCACCGUUGUAUUUUUUGGUGAUGAAAAAGAGACUGCCAGCGACCAGAUUAUCCUUAACCAUGCUGCAACUACGCCAGCAAAGCCAAGGCUCUAG